AUGGCAGCCUCAGUACAGAGUCAGAUUGUCGUGUUCGUGGGAUGCGGAAACAUGGGAGGAUCAAUUCUGCGCGGAAUUCUCGAUUCCGCAUUCUCUUCCAACUCAGAAGUUCAAUCGCGACCGAUUUCCAAGUUCAUCGCGUGUACCAAGACUGCGGGGUCCGCGGAGCGUCUCCGAGCAGCUCUCUCAGAGGAGCAAACCCCUCAUGUGAAAGUGGUGUCCGACAUGAUUGUCGAGACUAUGAGAGAAGCCGACAUCGUCGUUCUAGGAUUCAAGCCAUUUAUGGCAGAUGAUGUUCUCAGUAUGAAGGGUGUGAAGGAGGCACUAGCUGGCAAGCUAGUCAUCAGUCUGCUAGCUGCACAGACGCCGAAGAACCUUACGCGGAUCAUUCAAGGAUCAGAUUUGAGCUCAGAUGCAUCUCCAACAGUCGUUCAAGUGAUUCCGAAUAUGGGUGCCGAGUUCCGUCAAUCAAUGACUAUUAUUCGAACUCCUGACACUCCGCUUCCUGUUGAGAUGAAGGAAAUGCUGGAAUGGAUUUUUAAUCAAAUUGGCUGGAUCAAAUAUCUUCCUGAGAGUCAAAUGGAUGUCGGCUCUGUUCUUGUGGGCUCAGCAUUGGCGACUCUGACGGUGCCGAUUGAAGGGAUUCUGGAUGGAUGCGUGGCUGAAGGGAUUAAGCGUCCUGAUGCGAUGGAAAUGGUCUUGCGUGGUAUUCGAGGAUUGUCGGCUGCAUUAGAGGCGGGGAUACAUCCUGCUGUUUUGCGUGAGAGUAUUUCUUCUCCGCGGGGGUGUACGAUUCAAGCACUUUUGGCCCUUGAGAGGGCAGGGAGCAGGGCAGUUUUUGCGGAUGCAAUUAUUAACGGGACUCAGCAUUUGAAGAAAUAA